UAGUCAACCUAAGUAACAGUGAGCAGAGAGGACAUUCUCUUCAGUCACAGAUCAAGCAGAGAUCAGAACAACAAAAGGCUGUGGAAAGUCAGCUGUCAGAGAAGAGAAUGGAAAUUCUGAAGUUAAAUUCAGCCAUGCAUGAAAUGGAAGAAAAGCUUUUCAAACGUGCUUCAACUACACAACACCAGAUCACAAGUGAUCUCAGAAAUCAAAUCAGUUUUCUCCAUCAACAAGUACGUGAGAAAGAGCUACUCUCUGAACAAGAUCGCUUACUGAGGAGCAAAAUGAUGGCUGACUGUGCAAGAUUGGCGAAUGAGAACAAUGCACUACAGAUUCAGUUGCUGGAACUGAACAAACAGCAGGAUAUACAGAGAGCUCUUAAAGAAGAGGGUUACAUCCACGAUUCUUCCAGCUUUGCUCAUCUUUUGAGUGUAAAAGACAGAGAAGGACAGCUAAACUCUGAGGUCAAAUGGCAACAAGAACUCCUGGAGCUUGAGAAGAGCAAUUUCAAGGACAUCAUGGAGCAGAUCACCAUGUUAAAUAAGGACAGUAAAUUUCAAGACUUGAGUUCCACCACUAUAAGCAGUCGAAUUGCUGAGAUGCGUGCAAUUUUGGCCAAAGAAGAUCAUAUUAAUACCGAACUGAGAAGAGACAAGGCCUUACUGGUUGAUCAUGUAUCUAAUUUACAAACACAGUUGGGAAGUAAAGAUGAUGAGCUGCUUCAGAUCUUCUCAAAAAUAGCGGCGCUUGAAGAGAGAAUGUCUGUGUUGAAAUCUCAACAGUCUUUGGAUAAAAUAUUGCAUUCAGAAAGAUGGAAGGAGAUUUUUGAUAUGACCAGCUCUAUGAAAACACUGACAACAUCAAUAGCUGAUUCGUCACUCUCCAGCAGAAAAUAAUAGUACAUAUCUGGUAUAUAUCAGUGCCUUUUUUUCCAUGCUAGCUGGAAUUGACUUUUUGUGUUUCUGGAAAAAAAAUAUUAGCCGUACAGUUUUAGAUUUCAAGCUAUGCUCAUCCUUCUUUUCAAAACUGAAAAACAUUUAAAGUAUAUUUAUAUAUAUUAAGCGCCUCUAAAUAUUCCAUAAGUGUAUAUUUUUAGUUUAAUGAUCAUUAAACAUAUAAAAUAUAUAAACAGG